UUUUAAAUCAGCUAUACAGCAGAUUGUCGAUUUAAGCGCUUGAUUGCUUUAAGUGGCGAAGCUGAUGAAUCAAUUCAACAAUUAGUACAUGGCCUAAUUGUCUAAUUAUUUUUUAGGCGGUUACAAAUCAGUCAAGCAAUAAAAAUAUCUGAUUUGGCUACCUUUGCAAAGGAGAAAUCCAAGUCAGUUAGGUGCAGUAAGAGAAAUGAUGGGUAGAAAGAAGAGAGCCAAAACAUGUGACACUUUGUCACAUGUGAAAGAAGAUAGGAUAAGCCAGCUACCUGAACAUUUGAUAUCUGAAAUACUUUUUCAUCUUCCUACCAAGGAGGCCGUAAGCACCAGUGUCUUGUCUUCGAAAUGGAGAAACACUUGGCGAUCCGUUCCCGCACUGGACUUAUACUCCGCCAAAUUCUCGAAUUUUGAUGCUUUUCUCAGUUUUGUUGAAAGGUUUUUGGACUCAAACAGGGAGGAGUCCACUGCUCACUCUUCGGGGCAGCUACGCAAAUUCUGGUCAAAUUUUCAUGAUUUAGAUGGUAGGUUUAAGGAUUUCCCAACCCGAUGGGUUGAUGCUUUGACUAGGCGUAGGAUUCAGCAAAUCGAUCUUACUUUUUUCAUCUUUUAUCCGGCUCAUAAGGUACCAGCCCUUAACAUAUAUACAUGCAAGACACUGGUACACUUACGUCUCCGUGGAGCCAAACUAGCUAAUGCCGAGUCUGUUUCCUUGCCUUGUCUAAAGAUCAUCUAUUUAGAAUAUGUUAAAUACCCCAAUGAGUCCACUUUGGAGAAACUUAUCUCAGAGUCCCCAGUUCUUGAAGAUUUAACGCUCGUAAGCCUCUCAACCGCUAAUGCAACUGGUGUACAAGUGUGCUCUAAGACGCUGAAGAGAAUCCGCAUUCAUAAGUUCCAAGUAGUGAUUGAUGCUCCUUUACUUGAGUGCAUAAGGACUGAGAUUGAGUCAGGAAAAGACUUUGAGAUCAUCAAUGUGGGUUCCUUUGCCAAACUAGAUAUUGAUGUUGCCUUAGGCAAUGCGACAUACAAUAUUAGCAUUGUUCCUGACAUCCUCACCGACAUAUGCAGAUGGGUUAGGGAUCUAGUUCUUAGUAGUAAUGUUUUCUGGAAGGAUAUUUUGCUAUACUCCAACUCUGGACCGGUGCUUCACUUUCGUGAUCUAUCCCGGCUUGAUGCUAAAUUUUCUAAAUCUGAUCUUGAAAUGUUACCAACAAUUCUUGAGAGCUGCCCAAGACUAGAAUAUUUCAGAUUGGAAUUGGUCAAGGACAAAUCCAAGCGUCGUGAGAGGAAGAAAGAUCCAAAGGUGAUGUUUGCAACUGUGCCUCAGUGCUUGGAAACGUCACUCAAGUUUGUGGAACUGAAACGUUUGAUUCCGGGGUAUGAAGGAGAAAUAAAGCUGGUAAGGUACUUGCUGAAGAAUUCAAAAAUCCUGGAGAAACUUAGGCUUGAUGUUUACUAUACACAAAAGAAAAAGUGUGACUUCCUCAAAGAACUCGUUUCAUCGCCAAGAUGCUCUACCGCUUGUGAAGUCCUUGUUCUUUAGGGAAGAUAUCAAAGGUCACAGGAAAUGAGCAUACAUCAAGUCGCUUUCAAGGUUUCUUCGUCAAUGCAGUUUUCUGUAAUGAACUUGUAAAUUUAUCUUCAUCAUUUUUUCAUAAAAACUUCUUAAGCCAUUAGAUAUGUCUGAGUCUUGCAAAUGACAAUAAUUAUGAUUCUCCUGGAUUUCGUUUUUAAUUUGUUUUUGGUCA